UUCCCGCGACGGCCCUCCAUAUUUGCUGUGUAAUAUUAGAGUUCGCGAGGUGCGGCGAAGAGAAAUACUUUUUGUAUGUGAGGAGGUAGUUGUUUAACACUUUUUAGUUUGAGUCGAGCGCAGAUUAAGAAUUAGAAACAUCUCUACUAUGGAGUAUUUGAUUGGAAUCCAGGGUCCGGACUACGUGCUGGUUGCGGCCGACACGGUCGCGGCAAGUAGCAUCAUUCAGAUGAAACACGACUAUGACAAGAUGUUCAAGCUGAGCGAGAAGAUCUUGCUGCUGUGUGUGGGCGAGGCGGGAGACACAGUGCAGUUCGCCGAGUACAUCCAGAAGAAUGUCCAGCUGUAUAAAAUGAGGAACGGGUAUGAACUAAGUCCUGCAGCUGCCGCAAACUUCACUCGCAAGAACCUAGCAGACUACCUCCGCAGUCGGACCCCGUACCACGUGAAUCUGCUGCUGGCCGGUUACGAGGAGGCAGACGGGCCGAGCCUCUACUACAUGGACUACCUGGCGGCCUUGGCCAAAGCACCGUUCGCAGCCCACGGAUACGGGGCCUUCCUCACCCUGUCCAUCCUGGACCGGUACUAUAGGCCAGACCUGAGUCGAGAUGAAGCUAUGGACCUGCUAAAGAAAUGUCUGGAAGAGCUCAACAAGCGCUUCAUCCUCAAUCUGCCCUCCUUCAACGUGCGUCUCAUCGACAAGGACGGCAUCCACGACCUGGAGCGGGUGCCGCUGGGCCAGAAGGCCGCGUGAAAGACACGUUUUUGGCCGCUGAAACCCAGCACUGUUUUGUACCAGUCCGCUACGCCGUACCCCUUUUUACUGCAGUAAAAUAAUAAAAUGCCACGUCUCGUCUAAUCGCGUGUCUACCUGCCAUUCUACUU